AUGGCAGCAAGCAAUGGAAUUGUGCAUGAAGUGCUCUCUCCGGACACGGUGCUUAUUGCCGGAGGUGGACCUGUUGGUCUUUUGCUCGCGGCUGUCCUCUCCCGGUACAAUGUGAAGUCGAUACUCGUCGAACGAAACAAGAGCACAACGAAAUGGCCCAAAAUGGAUCUCACAAAUCCCCGAUCCAUGGAAAUUCUUCGACGCCUGGGACUUGCAGAUGAACUACGCAAGCAGGGCGUCCGGGCAGACGUACCACAGCCUGUACUCUUUUGUACUGGGUUACCCGCUCCAAAAGCAAUCACAAGUUGGGAGCACGAAAGCGUUGAUCAAUUUCGUACUCGAAUUCAGCGCACAAACGAUGGUACGCUACCGCUUGAACCAUGGCAGAGACUAUCGCAAGUCAUUUUCGAGGCUUGGCUCAAAGGCAUAUGCGAGAAGGAUCCCUUGAUUGAGCUUCGAUACGGUUGCAGGGUCGAAGAGGUCGAGGAGAGUGCGGAUCAGGUCAAAACUACCAUCUCGAACGUGGAUACGGGCGCCCUCUCGGUCAUCGUCUCGAAAUACGUCGCAGGGUGUGAUGGUGCUAACAGUCGAGUCAGGCGUUCACUCAAGAUGCCAUUAGACGGUGGACCCAUUCCUGCAUUUCUCCUACUGGUUCAUUUCAAAUCGAGAGAUCUCACAAGAUUACACAAACUCGGACAAUUUUGGCAUAUAUUUUUCUUCAAGAAGACUGGUGAGUUCUCGGGUGCCAUCAUCGCUCAGGAUGAGAUCGAUACCUGGACUACACACUUGUUCCUUCCUCUAGACGCAGACGAGUCGAAGGUAGACUCGCACGAGGCUAUUUACGCUACACUGGGAGGCGCACAUGAGCCUUAUCCUAUCAAGGUUGACGAAAUUCUGGUUCGUUCUGCCUGGAGACCCAACAUUGCCGUUGCCAGGCAGUGGACGAGUCUACACCGUCGGGUCUUCUUGGCCGGGGAUUCCGCUCAUCAACUUAUCCCGACAGGAGGUUACGGUAUGAACACUGGAAUCGGAGAUGCAUACGAUCUAGGGUGGAAGUUGGCCUCCGUCAUCAACGGCUCUGGAGGUAUAUCUCUGCUAGACUCGUAUGAGGCUGAGCGUCGGCCUGUGGCCUUACGAAACUCCGAGCAUUCUGGAGUCCACAUGCAGACUCACCAGGCCGUCGGCAGCUUGAUGAAUGGCCUUGACAUCGAUGCUAUUAAUUCCGACACCAAAGAGGGCAAGGCAGCUCGUCAGAGUAUACAUGAACACUAUCAGAAGAACUCGGGGGAGAACACGGACCUGGGCAUGGAGAUGGGUUUCCGACAUCGGUCUUCAAUCAUUGUUCCAGACGGAGAGCAUACCUCGGAACCAGAGUGGAGUCCUUCUCGUUAUGUACCCACGACGUGGCCUGGGUCGAGAGCUCCCCACGUCUUCUUGAACGAUGGCACGCCCAUAUUUGACCUACUACACCCCACAGGCUGGACGCUGGUGACAUUCGGCAAGACGCACAUCAGUGCUCAGUACCUUAUCGAUUCUGCUGAGGAGUUGAAUAUUCCCAUUAAACAUCUGAGUCUCCUCGGAGAGAGCCUCGCAGAGGAGUUAUGGGAGCGCAAGAUGGUGCUUAUACGACCAGACCAGCAUGUCGCCUGGAGAGGGGAAUCAUUGUCGUCGCCUGCGGCUGCUCGCGAUAUCUUGACGACGGUCGUUGGCAAGAAGCCCCCCCCAAACGAAGUGGCAGUCUCUGAAGACGCCAAAAAACCAAAACAUGCUUUCACAGCCACGACUCAGCUAACAACGCAGGUCGACGUCUUCGGACUGGAAAAGAUGAGCGACUUCCAACGAUAG